AUGUGUACCCGGUCGUUGGCGAGGACAGUGCUCUCCACCAUCCCAACAAUGUGUACCUGGGUCGUUGGCGAGGACGAUGCUCUACACCAUCCCAACAAUGUGUACCUGGUCGUUGGCGAGGACGGUGAUCUCUACCAUCCCGACAAUGUGUACCUGGUCAUUGGCGAAGACGGUGCUCUCCACCAUUCCGACAAUGUGUACCUGGUCGUUGGCGAGGACGGUGCUCUCCACCAUCCCGAUUAUGUGUACCUGGUCGUUGGCGAGGACGGUGCUCUCCACCAUCCCGAUAAUGUGUACCUGGUCGUUGGCGAGGACGGUGCUCUCCACCAUCCCGACAAUGUGUACCUGGUCGUUGGCGAGGACGGUGCUCUCCACCAUCCCGACAAUGUGUACCUGGUCGUUGGCGAGAACGGUGCUCUCCACCAUUCCGACAAUGUGUACCUGGUCGUUGGCGAGGACGGUGCUCUCCACCAUCCCGAUAAUGUGUACCUGGUCUGUUUACGCCAAAUCGUGGCUAUUUGA